ACCGCACGGGAGGAAGCUCGGUCUUCGAGGAGGGAAGAAGGGUUUAAUAAAACCAUGUAAAACGAGAAAGAAGAGGAACGACAGCAAACAGCGAUAUAGAGAAAAAGAAGAGAGUCAGGGGAUGUACACCGAUUUUAGUUUAAGGUCUUGUAAACGAAGAAAGAAGAAGUAAAACACGAUGAUGUACGAACAGAAGUGAAAACCUUUUUAAAAAAGAUUAUCAACUGCAUGAAGUUGGUAUAUUGGUGAACCUUUGUUGUCAUAAACAGGUAGAGGAAGCAGAAUCAGUGACUUCGAACUAAGAAACCCCAGAUGAUACCGUUUUCGCUAGCGUGAAACUUCAACACCAACCAAAGCAAGGGGAAAGGGGGCAGCACGCCGGAGGACAUGUACUUUUCUUGGACGAGUCAGCUUCCCUCGCAAGAUGGAUGUGAAGAAGUCGAUUUGCUACAUGAGCUUGGCCGAUGCCUUCCUGAGCCGGCUGAGGAAGGAGGCGGUGAACAGGACAAGGAGCAGGAUCAUGAAGGGUGUUGGCGUGGAAGUUCUUCCAGUCAGCCAGGACAGACAAGAUUUCAUUUAUGAUUAUCUUACCAAACUCUAUGAGCAAAAGAAAGGAACGUUCAGUAAACCCAAAAUUUUUGCAAGACAGACAAUAUAUGAAUGUGAAAGGAGUAAUGCUUGUAAAGGAAAUUCUUCAGGAGACCCAACAAAGACGAGGGCAAAUGGUUGCACUGCUUAUGUUUCAUUUAUGUUUGAAGAGGGGGCAACUAUAACAGCCUGCAUCAUUCGUUAUAGACUCGUUCAUAAUGGCCAUGAUCCAACCAACAGGGAAGAGUCAAGGGUCAGUCGCAUUGAUCAGUCGCUGAGGCUUAUCAUUGAGUCACACUUGAAAGGAGGCAUGAAAGUGAGUGAUGUAAUGAAUGAAAUAGCAAAAUGGAAUAAGUCCCAUAAGCAUACUGAUCACAAGAAUCGACGGUACUUUCCUUCUCGGCAAGAUAUCCAACAGCUUGCUCUUUCCCUAAAAAAACCUGUUAAAGUACCAUUGAAUAACAGCCUAGAAUCUAAGAAGCCGAGAAAAUAUGACACACUUAACAAAGACAACGUGACACGACUUCUGAGAACAGAGUACCGGGAGACUUGUGUUUAUUAUCAGUCAAGAACAACUACUGGUGCCAAUCCACGGCCAUUGAUGGUUGUGCUCCAGAACAGUGAGCAGAGAGACAUGUUCAAUCUGCAUGGACAACACCUAGUCUUUAUUGAGAAGAACUAUGAAGGUCUCAGACAGUAUGGAAAUGCAGUCUAUGUAUUAGUAGUGAGGGACAACCAAGGGAAUGCCUUUCCUGUUGCUUAUGUUAUUACAAGCUCUGAUGACGGUCACACAUUUACUCAGGCACUAGAGAAGCUCAGAUCCAGAUGUCAGACAAAUCCAAAAAUAUUCUUCUUAGAUCGAGAGCUGCAUAGUUUUGCAGAAGCAAUAUCAACCAUGUAUCCAGAUAGUCUCAUCCUGAUAUCAUGGCAUCAAGUGGCUCAGGAAGUUCAUAAGUGGCUGCAGACAUCUCCAGUCUCAGAGAAGGAACAUGCAGAUGUCCGCCGAGUGCUCAUCCACUUCAUGAGUGAAUUGAAAGGAGCCGAAACGGAAGAGGAGUUUAUUUUCAUUGUGAGUGAGAUGGAGCAAAGAAUAGAGUUUGCAGCCUUUACUUCCAUGCUACAAGCUGACUGGUUACCAUGUGCUGAAAAGUGGUGCGACUUCAGUCGAAACUGUUUUUAUGACAUGGAGGCAAACUCUCUCAUUGAAAGAUUUUUCCUGAAAAUCCAUCAUCAGUUCUUAAAGGGAUUGCAUACAAUGAAGUCAUUAGAAGAGUUACUGAGACUGAUUGCAGAUAAUGUCAUGGAACACAGAAACUUUGUUGAUGGAAUGGUAAAUAUGUCCAUUCUGAUGGAAGGAACAGCAAGUGAACAGGCAGGAGUACUACUGCAUCAGGGAUGGUCACAACUUGUUACUUGGCAAGGACACUGGAUGGCUCAUGUCCCAUGCCAUAAUAUUCCAGAAACUUUGUACAGAGUAAAUCUUGUCACAAUGGAGUGUGAGUGUCCCACUCUUACAUAUUUAGGGCCUUGUCUGCAUUUGUGCCUCCUGCUUAUGCUAGCCCAGUCACGUGAGGGAUUAACACCAGAACAAGAACGUCACAGGUUGGCAUCAGAAGCAUAUGAAAAUUCAGAUUUCAUAAUGGAUAGUGUAAAAUGCAUGACUUUUCACAAUGGUAUUGUCUGUGUGACAGAAUUAGGUAAUAGAAAAUGUACUUGUGUGGCAAGUGCUUUUGAUGUUGAGUGUGUUGGAAAAAUAUUAUUGAAAAUAGCUGAUGGAACAGAAGAAGCUGUUACUUACACAAUCCCUUCAUCAGUGGUUUCAGCUUCAAAAUUUGAAGGAAACAGUCCACCCCAUAUAGUUUCAAGUGAAAGUGAUGUGCAGUUUUCUGGUAGGGAUGGAGACAUAUCCUCCUACACUAUCACAGUAUCAUCCCAGCCAGAACGGUCUACUAUUCCAUCUUCCACACACUCACUGAAAGUAGAAAAUGAGAAACCAAUUGUUAUACAGACUCGUUCCAAGGCGGAAACUAGGGCAGACAACCUCUUCCAAAGACCGAAGAGUAAAAGUAUAAUACUGUGCGAUCAGAAUUCAAAAGGGAAAGGAGGUAUUAAACAAGAAUUUCCCAUAGUCCCUAAACUGUCAUCCCAAGAAAUCAUUGAGAAGCUUUAUAAAUGGUCUACCUCCAGCAGCUUUACCGAUUCUGAACCUCUAAAUGAGAUGUUACGAGAUAUCCACAACCACGUAUGGGAAGAACAGUACCCAGUCCUUUCAGAAACACAAGCAGUAAAGGUGAAUACAUGUAAGAAACCAGUGGAUCCCAGUAAGAAGAAAUUGAGGGCAGCUGUUAGAACUGUGAAGAGACAGAGGAACGUGGAUGACCAAGAGGAUGACCAGAUCCUAGCCGUUAUCCCGUCCUUGAAGGUCAGUAGAAGUGGAAGGCAAAUCAAGAUUAAAGAGGAACCAGAUUUUGUUACCUAGGAUUAUGGUGUUGUUAAUAUGCGUGUGCAAUUUGUUUUAUAGAUUUUCUAAUUUGAUAAAUAUGGAGAGAAGUUUUGUAAUUUAUUGUAUAAAAUAUGUUAUUUGAA